AUGCCCGGUGUGCCCCGCUCCAGGGGCUGCAGGACAUGCAAGUGCGACCAGUAUUGGCCGCAGUGCGGUGCUUGCCAGAGGAGAGGCGUCACGUGCCCUGGUCCGUCGACGUUGCUCAAGUUCGUCCCUGAUGGGCUCCAUGCCGACCACAAACCUGUGCUUGAGACGCCCAUCGACCAAGAUGGCGAUGGUAGAGAGACUCAUCAGCUUCAGCUUCAACUCCCGUCCCGGACGCCCAGCCCUCAGUUCCCCCCCACCACCAUCGCUGACGGCAUCGCGGCGCGCCUGGUGCUUCAUCUAAACAACGCCCCGGAUCGAGGGAUGAUCAUACAGACUAAGUAUCUCAAGCAUCUCCCCAAGCGACUGUCAGAGUUCCCCUGUCUCUGCGAUGUCAUAUACCUCUUCUGCUCCGUCUGGGCGGAUUUCCGUCGCCGCGUGCCCCUGGUCGAGUUCGUCACGAUGCCGGCGUACGGCCGGGCUAUCAAAAGCCUGCGUCAAGCUCUUGGAUCUCACACCGCCUUUACGGUAGAGACGCUUGCUGCUAUCACCAUCCUGCAGCGGACAGAAGAUCUCUUCAACCCGGGGAGGCGAACUAUGCUCCACGAGAAGGGCAUCACUACUCUGCUAGCCGCUAUGGGACCCCCUAAACCCGAUGAUGGGUUCUAUACCAGUCUCGUCUGCGAGAACUACGGUAUUCUAGUUCCUUAUUGGAUACUGACUGGCUGGAGGAACAUCAUGAAUGAUCCGCCGUGGAGGGACGCAAUCUCGAACGCCAUGUACGAUUACCCCGAGCUAAAGCAGAUGAAGGCGCCUCUCAAGUUAGCUCUUUUCCAACUCACAGGUAUAUGUGCCAAGAUGCCAGACCUCAUACGCUACCGCCAAUCUCUGUGGAAACCUACAGAGUCAACGACGGUUUCACCCAAUCUAGAGGACAUCACAGAAGAGUUCCGCCGGACGGACCAGGAAGCAGGCACCAUCACAUCUGGUUUUCUCAACAAGAUGUUUGAGCUCGGCGAGGCAACCGAGGAGAAAGACCCAACCUCAAUCACAGGAACGAGCUACCACAUAUCAAACCUCCACGCCGCACAGGGCCUCAUCGCCUUCUUCGGCUUCCGCGUGUGCAUCCUCCGCAUGCGCUACGACUGGAGCUGCGCUCACGGCCUCCCAGACACAGCCGCCCUGCUCAAGGACCUGAGGGCGCUCUGCGUGCAAGUCUGGAACUUCAUCCCGUACUUCUGCCGCUAUGAGGCGUUCGUCGCAGUGACAUCCUCGCAAAGGGGUAUUAUCCUCACAUAUGAGUUGGCCACUCCCGAGCAAAGGGAGCGUCUUUUGGACAUAUACAUAGAUCUGGACAGCUAUCGCAAACGGCUCCCCGAAGACCGAGCCUUGGUUGAGAUGGAGAUCGUCUCACUGGCUAGAUUAUUAACGGGUCGUAUGCCACUGCAAUGA